AUGGUCAAGGAAAGUCGAGUUGAUGUGCUCAUCAUCGGUGCGGGUCCAUCUGGGCUCAUGUGUGCCAAUGCAUUAGCUGGCGCUGGAGUGGACUUUAGAAUCAUAGACAACAGGCCGGUCGGUGUGGCGGCUGGGCAAGCCGAUGGCAUACAGCCUAGGACGAUCGAAGUUCUUCAAAGUUAUGGUUUGGCAGAUGGUUUGUUGAAGGACGGUGCCCAGAUGUAUCUUUGUGCCUUUUACAACCCUGGUCCUGAUGGCGGCAUCGAACGCACUGGCCGGGCUCCAGACGUGACAGCUCCAUCGGCCCGCUAUCCCUUCAAGAUCACGAUCGAUCAAGGAUCAAUUGAAUCAAUGUUUAUCGAGUCCUUGAAGUCACAAGAAAUAUCAGUUGAUCGUCCGAUUGCACCUUCUUCCCUAGAAAUUUCAGAGGAUCCCGAGGAACUUCUGGAUCCAACCUCAUACCCUGUAAAGGUGGUCUUGGACCACGUACUCCCUUCGGACGCUACUCCAGAACAGGAAAUCGUUUACGCGAAGUACGUCCUCGGAGCGGAUGGUGCACACUCGUGGGUUCGGAAAAACUUGGGUUUUACGAUGGAUGGGGAACAAACAGAUUACAUAUGGGGUGUGAUCGACUUCGUUCCGGAUACCGACUUCCCAGACAUUCGCAACCGUGCUGCAAUUCACUCCCUAAAUGGCUCAUGUAUGAUCAUACCCCGCGAAGGAGACAAAGUCCGGUUCUACCUGCAAAUGUCGGACAAAGACGUCAUGGAUCCUGAGACAGGACGAAUCGACAAGCGCAAGGUGACCGCUGAGAACCUCAUCAACACUGCUCGUAAAACAUUCCACCCGUAUAUAGUCAAUGAACCGAAGGAAGUGGACUGGUGUUCAAUUUACAUCAUUGGUCAACGUGUAGCCUCUAACUUCUCUAAACACGACCGUGUCUUCAUCGCUGGUGACGCCUGUCACACGCACUCUCCGAAAGCAGGGCAGGGCAUGAAUGCGAGCAUGAACGACACCCAUAACCUUGGUACAAGUUUUCCUAUCUCAGACGGAGUGUAUUUCUCAGAGUCUUUGCAAACAGCGUGGAAACUGGCCCAAGUCCUGCGGGGUAGGGCGGAUAUUUCCCUCUUGAAGACUUACGAGUUCGAGCGGCAGAAAUAUGCCCAAGAUCUCAUUAAUUUCGAUCGCGAGUUCUCCGCUCUAUUUUCUGGCAAACCCAGGACGUCGGAAAACCAGGAGGGCGUUACUCAUGAACAAUUCUUGAGGGCUUUCCAGGCUUCUGGCGGUUUCAGCAGCGGUAUCGGUGUCCAUUACAUGCCUUCGGCGAUUGUCAAUACUAUUCAUCAAGAUUGCGCACCAGAGAUCAUCAUUGGCGAGCGGAUGCUGCCGCAAAUAUUUGUUCGUGCAGCGGAUGCUCGUCCUGUUGAUAUUCAAGACAUGCUUCCCGCGGAUACCCGCUUCAAGCUUCUUUUUUUCGUUGGUCUUUUGACGUCGGAGCAGCUCGCGAAAGUUCGAAGGCUCGCUGAGGAGUUGCAACUCCCCACAAGUUUCCUGCAGAAGUACGGCUACUCUACCGAGGGCAAGGCACAGUCUAUGUUCGACAUUAUUCCGAUAACUGCUGGUCACAAGGAUGAUGUGAAUUUCCUCGACAUUCCUCUGACUUUCAGGUCGCACUGGUCUAAGGUCUUGAUUGACGACACGGAUGUGACAGGCCGCUUGGGUGGAGGCGCGUAUUCGAGAUUCGGUAUCGAUGAGAAACAGAUAACGAUGGUAGUUGUUCGGCCUGACGGUUAUGUCGGUAUGAUCGCGCCAUCCACAGCACUAGAGAGCAUGGAUAAGUACUUCGGUUCCUUCCUGAUAGGAAAAACCUUGAACCCGGGGGAGUAA